AUGCCCAAGCUCUCUCGUUCACUGUGGAAACUCAUUGACAAUCGCAACCGGACAGGGCAUGUUAGUAAAGCCAGAGAAUCUGGCAAUCCGAACAAUCUGGAAUCCGCCUCCGAAAUAAAACGCGAACAAACAGAAAUAUACCAACAAUUGUCCCUCCCCGAUUUCCCAUUUGUCUGCCGGGUUGCUUUACCCCCAGAAACUGCAGAAUACUCGAUUGUC